AUGGCUUCUGCGACCGGGAUACCGCCAAAUGUCGCUGCGGCGCGCGGCCAGAGCGAAGAAGAGCCUCUUCUAGGCAGAAGGGGAGAUGCUAGCCAAACAUCUGGACAGGCGCUUUAUCAUAACCUGUGGAUUGGCACCGCUCCCAUUGCGCAAGCAGGCAUAUGGAUUCUAGCAGCCAUAAUCUGGGGAGCCAUCUUCUCCAACAAACUCAUCUUCUUCUCCGCGCAUCCACUCCUCAACUCCGCCGGCUUCCUCCUCGCCAUCCAAGCAGCACUCGUCCUUCAACCUACGCACACCCCCGAACAGAAGCGCUCCGGCACCCUUGCCCACUUCCUCUUCCACGUCGUGGGCGCAUCGGCGCUUACAGCCGGCCUUGUCAUCAUCGAGAUGAACAAAGCUGGACCAGGCCACGCACACUUCGAAUCCGCGCACGCGCGUCUCGGUCUUACCUUUUACAUUCUUGUGUACAUUCAGGCUAUUGUUGGCUUCACGCAGUACUAUGUGCCGCAGCUGUAUGGCAGUAUUGAUAACGCUAAGAGCGUGUACAAGUACCAUAGGAUGGCGGGCUAUUUCAUUGCGGUUCUGGGACUUGCGACCAUCUGCGCGGCGACGUGGACGACAUAUAACUUGAACUUGGCGCAUAUCCAGCAUUGGGCUGUUAUUGUGGCUAGUGUGUUGGUGCUUGUGGGUGUUGUGCCGAGGAUCAGGCUAAGUAAGUUUGGUUUUAAGACGGAGCAGGGUGAGGUGCGAUUGCAGUAG